CAGAACAAGCUGCCAAAAUUCAGGAGAAAAGGAUCAAAAAGUCAGGGCUGGUCAACCUCGCUUUGUUUUAUAGGAGUGUAUUGAAAUAAAUACCUUGCCGGUGAAUGCCUAGAAGAAGAACCAAUGUCCACUUUCUGAGUACGAGCUGUGCCCAGCUGACCUGCCUUCCCUCUCAGGUGGGGCAGCGCCCCAGGGCAGAAGCAGCAGCGGAUAUCGCACCCCAUGCAUUUACUGAGGCUUUUAGACUCUUCUGGUGUCUCAGAAUUCAGCUUGAGAAGUGCUGUCCAGCCCAGUUUCUCAAGUCAGUGCAGCACCCUUUGGUGCUCCCUGAUCUCUGUCAAAGUAAAAGAAGAGCCUGCCCUUAAUUCCAGUUUUGUGUAAACAUUUCCUGCCGCACCCCAGCAGUCAGGGGUAGUUAACCCUUCCAGGGCCGCUCUGAGCUCUCGCAUCCUGUUGCCGCAUCCUUCUUAUUCCUGCAAGAGGAACUGGCCAUGAUUUUGGGCCAUUGUGACUGUGCUGGUUUUAUGGUACUUCUCUACAUUUUGAAAACCUGAAAUCAAGUCUUCUUCAAGCUCUACAAACCCUUCCUUGAAGAGGCCGUCGGUCCACAGUGUGAGGAGGAACUGGUUUCUCAGAUACUUUAAAAUUAAUAUGAAACUGCUCAGGAAACCAUUGCCAGGGACCUUGACAGUGGCUCACUGUUCAGCUGAGAUGGUUUAUCAAGUAAGUUCCUUGUGCUGGCUUAGAUAAUGGAAUCAAGAAUGCGCUUAUCGAGUUUGCGGAUGGUACUGAGCGGGGAGUGGAUUUUAGAGCUUUGAAGAACUGGAUUAGAAUAAAAAUUAUCUCGACAGAUUGACCGAAUGGUUUGAAACAAACACGGUGCAGUUGAAGGAGAAAUGCAGAGCGCUACACUUGGGGGAGAACAGUCGAUCGCAUGAAGAUGGAACGGGAGGAGAAGGUCCAGAUUACAUCCAAAACAAGCCAACAUCGUCCACUUUCAUUUGCUGCAGUGACCGUCAAAGGAUUUUAUGGAUUCAACUCAGAACUCUGCAUCUUUUACAAUUAUUUUUUGUUAACCUCAUGCCAUUUCUGCAUGUGGGCAGACCCUAAUUUAUGUGCACAGCAGGGCCUAAGAAUCCAGACACUGAUUUUAGCCUAGACCCCGCUUUAUUAUAUGAUUUUCUUUACAUAUGCUUUUGCCUUUUUCUCUCCUCUGCAUUAUGUCUUUUGUCAAUAACUGCUUUCAAUUAUCAAAUUUUCCCUCAUCCUCCUGCACUCGCUCAUUAGUGCCCCACGACUUCCCAUCACGGGGCCAUUUCUCUAACAAACCCCGCUCCUCUCCGACUGGACCAAGCUGUUUAUUCCCAGUUUGGGUGGUGGGUCCUGCUGGAGGAGGAGACCCCAGCACCAAAUUCUCCUGAGCUGGGUCAUGACAACAGCAUGGAGGUAAAAGCAGCAGCGUCUGCUCUGUUCUUGUCUUCAGUUUGCAACACUUUCUGGGAAGGAAUAUACUUAUCGCGUUAUCGUAGUGACCUGUUUACUGUGACCUGAUUUUGGAACGCUCACCGCUUCCUGCCAAAAUAUGGGUUCAUUGCCUCAGUUUACCUCAGGAGAGCAAACAACACGGAGCUCGUUCACAACCUCAGACUGUCCCGCAAAGCUGCCUUUGAUGUUUGGGGCCCCGUGUCCCCGUGACUGUUUGGGCUCCUGCUCUCCCUUGCAUGCCGUCCAUCGGGGCAGCAGCUUCCUGCGUCUGCUGAAAGCUCCGUUCAUCUGCAGUCCCCCAAGUGAUUAAUGAUUAAUCACUUUUAAAAAAAAAGGCGAAACAGACGAUGUACUUUCUCCUGGCUCUGGGAAUUCUUGCUCUAAUGUGGGACCCCUUCGUUUGGGAAGGGGCCAAACUGGACGGCAGCUCCCCGGCCGUGAAUCCCCCGUUUGUGGCGGCCCCGGAACAGACACGGGGACGUUUGUGGCAGCGAUGGCCAAGCGGCUGUGAGACCCGGCCUACCGGAACAGUGGGUGUAUUAUAGCCGGGAAAGGCGAUUUCUCUGCCAAAUCUCCUUGUGCAGGAGGGUUUAUUCUUCAGACUUGCAAAGGUUUCGCUUUGUUGGUUCUUUUUUCACUCGCUCGGGAAAGCGGCUUCAGGGCUGCGAGGGAAGACGAGCGUUCAGCUCAUCUGACUUGCGUUGCCAGGACGGAGCUCUGCUGCGCUCAGACGUCCGGCUUGCAGGAAAGCAGCCAUCUGGCAUCCUGCUCCCGUUUAAUGUGUUAGUUUUCCCUGUUUUUUCCGAAGGUUUGAACGCUUUUUGACAUACAAUCUAGCUUCGUAAACUCUGCCGUGCAGUGAUGUUGUGCAGUGCUGGGAAGCAAGUGUGAGUGCAGAAGAAAUGUGUAUGGAGAGGCACGUUCUUGUAACAACGGUGGCUGCUGCGGCUCCGAUGUAAAGCAGUACGUAUAUGGAGGCUGGGCCUGGGCUUGGUGGUGCAUCACUGACACCCAAAGGAUUUCCCUAGAGAUAAUGACGUUACAGCCCAGGUGUGAGGACGUAGAGACGGCGGAGGGGGUAGCUUUAACUGUCACAGGUGUGGCACAGGUGAAGAUAAUGACGGAGAAGGAGCUCCUGGCUGUGGCCUGCGAGCAGUUCUUGGGGAAGAACGUGCAGGAUGUGAAGAAUGUGAUCCUUCAGACGCUGGAGGGCCAUCUGCGCUCCAUCCUAGGCACCCUGACGGUGGAGCAGAUCUACCAGGACAGGGAUCAGUUUGCCAAGCUGGUGCGGGAGGUGGCUGCUCCUGAUGUGGGUCGCAUGGGUAUCGAGAUCCUGAGCUUCACCAUCAAGGAUGUCUAUGAUAAAGUGGAUUACCUGAGCUCCCUGGGGAAGACGCAGACCGCGGCUGUCCGGAGGGACGCAGACAUCGGCGUGGCGGAAGCCGAGCGAGACGCUGGCAUUCGGGAGGCAGAAUGCAAGAAGGAAAUGCUGGAUGUCAAAUUCAUGGCAGAUACCAAAAUAGCAGAUUCCAAACGGGCUUUUGAAUUGCAGAAAGCUGCCUUCACUGAGGAGGUCAACAUUAAGACAGCAGAGGCCCAGCUGGCCUACGAGCUCCAGAGCGCCCGGGAGCAGCAGAAGAUCCGCCAGGAAGAAAUUGAAAUCGAGGUGGUGGAGCGCAAGAAGCAGAUUGAAAUCGAAGAGAAAGAGGUCAUCCGAAAGGAGAAGGAGCUGAUCGCCACUGUGAAGCGGCCGGCCGAGGCUGAAGCCUACCGUAUCCAGCAGAUCGCCGAGGGCGAGAAGGUGCAGAAAGUCCUCCUUGCUCAGGCGGAGGCAGAAAAGAUCCGCAAGAUUGGAGAAGCGGAGGCUUUUGUGAUCGAGGCCAUAGGGAUGGCAGAGGCCGAGGGGAUGAAGCUGAAGGCCGAAGCGCUCCAGCAGUACGGAGAAGCUGCCAAGCUGGCUCUGGUGCUGGACGCACUGCCUGAGAUCGCUGCCAAAGUGGCUGCUCCCCUCUCCAGAGUGGACGAGAUCCUUAUUCUCAGCGGAGAGAGCAACAGCGCGGUGUCCGAGGCGAACCGUCUGCUGGCCGAGAUCCCCGCGUCCGUGCGGGCCAUCACCGGCGUGGAUCUCACAAAGAUUCCCCUGAUUCAGAAACUCACCGGGACCCAGGAGUGAGGCCAACCCGAAGCUGGUGAACAUCACUCCGUGUUAUGCACUCAGACAUCAACUGCCUUCAAUGCGUGGGAAUUCCUUUUAUAUCAAAGACAAUCAGAGUUUCAUUUUUAAGCUCUGGUGCCUUAUUUUGUAGGGCCAGAAAGAUGCAUGUCCAAUCAGCUGCUCUUUUUAUUACAAAGGAUGGGAGGGGAUUUAUUUUGUAAUUAACUAUAUAUUGUAUCAGGCCAGGGGUUUGGAUCCAACCCCCAGUUACAACCGGCAGCUUUUCUGGUGUUGCACUCCCAGUGUUCUGCUGUUCUCUGUCCUCGGGCAGCCGCCUGGAGCUGGGAGCAGGGGCUCGGCAGGACGCGGAGCGUUAGAGAGCAGAGCUGAGCGAAGAGAACAGCCAGGACCCCCUCCCUGGGGCUCUCCGCCCUCCCACAGGCUGUUUUUGUGGCCAGCUUUCCCCAUCCCAGUGCCUCCCCGUGGUACUGGCGGUCCUGUGCCUCCCGGAGGUGGCAGUCACCCCCUACGAGGGUGACAAUUGGGCACUUCUCCCGUGCUGCCUUCCCUCGGGAUGUGGAGGUGGGAGAGCUCCAGGAGGUUGAUGGAGUGUUAGUGGAGCGAGCCCAGCUCAGCCCUGCUCCGAGCCAGGCUUGGCAAGGUCCCACCACCGGGAAUGCCAAAAAAACAGCAUUGUGCCAAAGCCACCCCGUCCUCCCAGGGGGAGGUGGGACCACGAGGCUGCUGUCCCCAAGGAACAUGGUACAUCUUGCCCUUGACAAACGGGUCAGAGGGACAUGGGGGACCAGGCAGGGCACUUCUGGGGGACAGGCUCCUCCUAGGGCUGGGACAGUGGCUGUGAGGCUGUGACAAGCAGCCGUGCUGGCCGAGGACACCCCGGGACUCAUUGCUGACACCCCAAACUCACUCCCCCUGCCUCCUGUGGCCAGUGACUUUGCUGCCAAGUGACAAUGUGAGAAAGCUUGUCCCCUGUGUGUGUCCUGUACUUUCCAUAGUGCCACCAGGGCCCUGUGCUGGCCCAUGUACUUUUGCUGCCUGUCUUGUCGCCUGUGCUCAGUGUGGCUGUAGCAGCCAAACCCACAUGUGAAAUCAGCCCGGGGGGGGAACCGGGGGUCCCUCCACUGGCUCCUUCACUUGGUGUCACCCCCGUUGUCACCAGGUGGGUUCAGGGACCUGGGUCUCGCUCUGCCCUCCUGACAAUCAGUCCCUUUGCCAGGAGUGACUGGCUGUGGGUGCUGCGGGGACCGUGUCCCCCUCCCUGCCACCAGGGUGGGGAGGACCUGGGUUAUCAGCCCCUGGCACUGAUCUGGCGCUUGCCGGCGGGUGUGCCGGGCGAGGCGCCCUAUCUGCAUGUGUGCCUGUGUGUGCCUGUGUCCCCACCACUGUCACUGCUGUACGAUAAUAAAGCCGUGUCACCACC